UGGCUGCUGCGCCUGCAAGGAAGGGCAGGGUCAGAUGCACGAGCAUGGCCCCGCCGCUCGCCGCCUCCGCCGCCCUCCUGCUCUGCCUCGGCUCCGCAGCCGCGGUCUGGCCGCAGCCCCAGCACCUCAGCCAGGGCUCUGCAAGCGGCGGCUGCUGCUUAAGCGCCUCCCGGUUCCGCUUCGCCUAUGCAGAAGGCUCGGCGGUGGCCCCCGGCUGCGACGUACUGGACGAGGCUUUCCGCCGCUACUGGGAGUUGCUUUUCCCCGCCGCCGGUCGCAGGGAUCGAGGGAACGACCGCUCUGAGGAUUCGCCAUGCGACGUGCUGAACGUCAAGGUCACCAAGCCUGGGUGCAGCGGCUUCCCUUCACUGGACUCUUCUGAGAUCUACCAGCUGACCCUGUCGGAGAAAGAGAUGCUUCUAACAGCGGACACUGUCUGGGGAGCUCUCCGAGGGUUGGAGACCUUCAGCCAGCUUGCCUGGGAAGACGAUGUCGGGACGCACUACGUGAACAAAACCGACGUGGUCGACUUCCCCCGCUUUCCGCACCGCGGCCUGCUGCUUGACACGUCUCGUCACUACCUGCCUUUGAAAGCCAUUGUGAAGAUGCUGGAUGCCAUGGCCUACAACAAAUUCAACGUGUUUCACUGGCACAUUGUGGACGAUCAGUCCUUCCCAUUCGAAAGCACUGUGUUCCCAGAACUCAGCCAGAAGGGGGCCUAUAACCCUUUCACCCACGUGUACACCCCGAUGGAUGUCAAGAGAGUGCUUGAUCAUGCCCGGCUGCGUGGAAUCAGGGUUAUUCCAGAGUUUGACACUCCCGGCCACACCCAGUCCUGGGGGCCAGGCGUCCCAGGGUUGUUGACUCCCUGCUACGCGGGCUCAAAGCCCUCUGGAUCAUAUGGACCCGUCAAUCCCAUCCUAAACACCACUUACACGUUCAUGUCGGCGCUCUUCGCGGAAAUUAGCGCCGUGUUCCCGGACUUCUACAUUCACCUGGGCGGAGACGAGGUUGACUUCAGUUGCUGGAAGUCCAAUCCAGACAUCCAGACGUUCAUGCACCAGAUGGGAUUUGGCCAGGACUACACUAAGCUGGAAUCCUUUUAUAUCCAGAGGCUGUUGGAUAUAGUCUCGGCAUACGGGAAAGGCUACGUGGUGUGGCAGGAAGUGUUUGAUAAUGCAGUGAAGGUAAAGCCGGACACCAUCAUACACGUGUGGAAGCAGAACUCCGGGCGGUAUCCGAACGAGACGGCGUGGGUCACCAAAGCUGGCUACCGAGCCGUGCUGUCUGCCCCUUGGUACCUUAACUGGAUCUCCUACGGACAGGACUGGCUAGAAAUUUACGAGGUGGAACCGCUGGCAUUCAAAGGCAGUGCAGAGCAGAAAGCCCUCGUGAUUGGUGGUGAGGCUUGUAUGUGGGGCGAAUAUGUGGACGCCACGAACCUGAGCCCAAGACUCUGGCCCAGAGCCAGCGCUGUAGCGGAGCGGUUAUGGAGCAACAAGACUGUCCGAAACAGGCUAGAUGCUUAUGCGCGGCUGGCGGACUUCCGAUGUACACUGCUAAGGCGAGGGAUCCGGGCCGAGCCCCUCUUCACAGGCUAUUGUGACCAUGAAUUUGAUGGUGUUUGAUGGAAGCUCGCAGGCAGCCAUGCACUGACGGUGUCUCUCGGAGAGCAGGAGUGACUUUCUUUUCAAUUGGUGCGAUGCCUCCAAGGAAAAUCAAUCCAUUAUCGGUUGCAGUUCAUUGAUUCCCCCCCCCCCGCAGCAAUCGCUACCUUCCCCCAUCCCCCCCUUUUCAAAUGAUUUGCCCCAAAAGACCCAGAUGGAGAUAGUGCCUUCCUGUUUGCCAUGUUUACGUUUCUUGGAGCUGUGUAGAGAACUUGGAUGAAGAGAUCGAGAUAAAGACAGAACUCUGAAAACA